ACUCCCCCAAACCCUACACCGCCGUGGGAGAAAUCAGAAAUGAAGUACAAUCCACGAGUCACCAGCUCUCGUCGGAAAUGCCGGAAGGCGCAUUUCACCGCGCCGUCCAGCGUGCGCCGUGUGUUGAUGAGCGCACCUCUGUCCACAGAACUUCGCAGCAAGUACAACGUCCGGUCAGUCCCCGUUCGAAAAGACGAUGAGGUGCAGGUAGUUCGUGGAACGUACAAGGGCCGUGAAGGUAAGGUUGUUCAGGUGUACCGUCGCAAGUGGGUUAUCCAUGUGGAGAGGAUCACUCGUGAGAAGGUCAAUGGGCAGACUGUCAAUGUAGGAAUCAACGCUUCUAAGGUUGUGGUCACCAAGUUGAAGCUUGAUAAGGACCGGAAGUCGUUGCUUGAACGAAAGGCCAAGGGCCGUGCUGCUGAUAAGUCAAAAGGAAAGUUCACCGUUGAUGACGUGGCUGCCGGUGCCUCUCUCCAAGAGAUCGAUUAGGUUUUCAUUUCCUUGUUUAUCUAUCUUUUAAAUUUUCCUUUUUAAUGUGUCAUGCUAUAAUGAGGAUUGUUUUUGAGAGUUCCUGUUGUUGAUCUUACAGCGUUUAUCAGCUUAAUGUGUUAAACCGUACUUUAUUUAUGAAUCUGUUCUAUUCAAUUGUAGGUGGUAGUGUGAUACAA